AUGAAGGAACUACGAAACUAUUUCAACCUUGCGCUUGCCGCUUCAGUCGGGUCGAUAAAUCCAGCUGUUGCGCUCUCAACUCCUGGAGGACUUUGGCCAUCGGCGAACAAUACAUGGAAUUCUUCCGCUCCAAGUACCUCAGAUUGGUGGUUCGCAAAGAUCGAUCGCCGUGGCACUGUUCCAUUUAUUCCCUCUUACAACUACACUAUAUUCCGCAAUGUAAAGGAUUAUGGCGCUGUUGGUGAUGGAGUCGUCGAUGACACAGCCGCUAUCAAUCAUGCAAUUACUGCUGGGGGGAAUAGGUGCGGCAAGGGCUGUGAUUCCAGCACCACAGCCCCGGGAAUUUUAUACUUCCCCCCAGGUACAUACUUGGUCUCUUCACCGAUAGUCGCGUAUUACUACACACAGAUUAUUGGCGAUGCUUCUUCCGUUCCAACACUGAAAGCUUCAUCCAACUUCUCCGGAAUUGCGGUUAUUGAUGCAGAUCCAUACAACGACCAGGGUAACAAUUGGUUUACCAACCAAAACAACUUUUUUCGUCAAGUUCGCAAUUUCAAAAUAGAUUUAACCAGCCAGCCUAUGACAACAGGCACUGGGAUUCACUGGCAAGUUGCACAGGCAUCGUCAUUGCAAAAUAUUGAAUUCAACAUGAUUGUGAGCAAAAACAAAGAAAACUCACAAAGAGGCAUAUUCAUGGAGAAUGGAUCCGGUGGCUUUAUGACCGACUUGACCUUUAAUGGAGGAAGGUACGGUAUGGUUCUAGGCAGUGAGCAAUUCACAUCGCGCAAUCUUAGGUUUAACAAUUGCCAAACUGCCAUUUUCCAGAUCUGGAAUUGGGUUUGGACAUACCAUGGACUCUCUAUCAACAAUUGCGACAUCGGUAUUGACAUAACGUCUGGUGACCCAAUUCAGAGUGUGGGUUCUAUCAUUGUUCAGGAUAGCGUAUUCAGCAAUACUAGCAUCGGCAUUACAACUUUGUACGACCCCAGCCAGGAAGGUGCAAAUGGUACAAUGAUCCUGGAUAAUGUUAACUUCUUACAUACUCCUGUGGCUGUACAAAACACCCGUUCUGGGAAGGUUGUCCUGCACGGCAGCGCCAACAUUGCCUCAUGGAUUCAGGGGCGUGCUUACGUUGGUAAACAGGGCAGGUCUGUUCAGGCAGCUUACCCAGCAACACAGCGACCUGCUGCACUUGUUGACAGCAAAGGAAAUAUCUUUACGAAAAGCAAAAACCAGUAUCUCAACGUCGAUGCGUCAAAAUUUAUAUCGGUAAAAGCUCGGGGCGCCAUAGGAAACGGGCUAAGUGACGACACAGCGGCCAUCCAAGCUAUCUUUGAUGCAAUCAAGCCAGACGAGGUUGUAUUCUUUGAUCACGGUGCAUAUUUAAUCACCGACACUGUUUUUGUGCCGCCUAAUGUGCGAAUUGUGGGCGAAAUCUGGCCGCUUAUUAUGGCUGGCGGAAACACCUCGUUUAAUAACCCUGCACAUCCUAAACCGGUUUUUAAAAUUGGAAAGCCUGGCGACGUCGGAAUAGUUGAGAUCUCGGAUCUUAUAUUCGAAACACAAGGACCUCAACCGGGUGCUAUUCUCAUGGAAUGGAAUGUUGGGGCUACAAGCAAAGGUUCUACAGGUCUCUGGGAUGUGCAUUUCCGUGUUGGGGGAUCCGCAGGUACUGGUCUGCAGUCUGACACGUGUGGCAAAUCACCCGACUUAACCACAACACCAAAACCUGAGUGUUUUGGUGCCUGGAUGCUCCUUCACGUUACAGCAGAUGCCUCAAUAUACAUGGAAAACACAUGGCUUUGGGUUGCUGAUCACGAACUGGAUCUCCCUGACCAUUCACAGAUCAACAUUUAUAGUGGACGAGGAAUCAUGAUAGAGAGUACCAAGGGUACAUGGCUUUGGGGUACUGCUUCCGAGCACAAUGUUCUCUAUAAUUACCAACUUCGCAACGCCAGAAAUGUGUAUAUGGCGACGAUACAAACGGAAACCGCAUACUUCCAGGGGAAUCCAGACGCUAGGGUUCCUUUCAAAUCCCAGGCCUCUUGGGAUGAUCCAGACUUUUCUUCAUGCUCUGCUAAUAAUUGCGCACGGACCUGGGGCUUAAGGGUUCUUAACUGCGAGGAUGUAUUUUUAUACGGCGGCGGCCUCUAUAGCUUUUUCGACAAUUACGGCCAAGAUUGCCUAAAUACGGAAUCAUGCCAGGAAAGCAUUAUUGAUAUACAGCAUUCCAAGAUCAAAAUAUUUGGAGUAAGCACCAAGGCCAGUGUAAACAUCAUCAACAAUAACGGAAGCGCUCAAAUGGUGCACGACGCAGACAAUUUAAGCUCCUUCUGCGCUACUGUUGCGGUUUUUGAGCAGUAG